UUUUUGCUUUCCUGAAUUCAGCAAUUUGUUAUUUUUGCUCUUUCACAUUUUCUUCGAUUUUCUCAUUUGAACAUUUAAGGCAGCUCGCUUCAGUAACCACCAAACAGCUCGAUCGACCCCGCCCAUUUUCUUGCUUCAAAUACGAUAUACAAACAUACCGUGACAAUACAUACACUUUUUUUACAGUACUCACUAAAAAAUGUUCCGCUCGUCCUUGGUUCGUUCGAUCGCUCGCCCGCUCGCCGCCCGCAGAUUUGUUCAUGUGAGCGCUGUUCGGCGGUCAGUUGAGCCGAUCCCCACCCCUGAGGGAUCCGGAGCUGGUGCUGAUGUUGCUCCCAAGGUUUCGGCCAUCGUUGAUAAGGUUGCUGAGCUGACCCUGCUGGAGACCUCUCAGCUUGUCGAGGCGCUCAAGGCCAAAUUCAAUAUCACCGAGGCUGUUCAGGUCGUCAGCGGUGCCGGUUCCCCCGCGGGUGGAGCUGCUGCCGCCGCCCCGGUAGAGGAGAAGCCCGUUGAGAAGACUGAGUUCAAGGUCAAGCUGGAGAAGAUUGAUGCCGCACAAAAGGCCAAGGUCAUUCGCGAGAUCAAGAACCUUAUCCCCGACAUGAACCUGGUUGCCGCCAAGAAGUUUGUCGAGAGCGCUCCCAAGGUUAUCAAGGAGUCUGCACCCAAGGAGGAGGCCGAGAAGAUCAAGCAGGUCCUUGAGGCCCUGGGUGCCACCAUUGUGCUCGAGUAAAGUGCAAAAAGUUGGCAGGUGCGUGGCCAAGUCGUUAUUAUUUAUCUUGGUGCCUAUUUGCGUUUAAAAAUAUAUUUAAAUUUUCACUUGUGAAGUAAAGCUUUUUCUUAUUCUGUUCAUUGACCUUGGGCAGAGUUCCGUUUUGAGUUGCGG